AUGGCGAUACUGUCCGGUAAAGCGGCCUUUUCCCUCCUUCUCCUGCUUGCCAGCGCCAAUGCCUCGCGCUUCCAGCCCCAAGCUGGCGCGCAAGCGCCCCUGGGUGCCGAUGUCGCUGCUAGCAAGAAGCCGCUCAUCGACAGCGAGGCCCUGCAGGCGCGCAUCAAGGUAGACAAUCUGCUGACGCGGGCCGAGGAGCUCUAUGAGAUCGCGAAGCUGGGAGAAGAGGAGUACAACCACCCCACGCGGGUGAUUGGCAGCAAUGCGGUGCCUGACGAUGCUGACCGAGGAAAUUCGCGAUUGGCAGGCCAUCUCGGCACCCUCUCGUAUAUUUAUGCGGAGCUUGCCAAGCUGGGUGACUACUACACGCUGUCGAACCAGUCAUUCCCGGCUGUCUCGGGCAAUGUCUUCGAAUCGCGCCUCAUUCUGGGCGCGCACGUGUCUCAGUCUGCUGCUCCGAUGGGGCUGACUCCUCCGACCAAGGACAAGGAGCCCGUACAUGGUGAUCUUGUCUAUGUCGAGAAGGACGGUUGUGAGGCGGCUAACUACCCUGCCAGCGUCAAGGGAAACAUCGCCUUGGUCCGUCGCGGCACCUGCCCCUUCGGCACCAAGUCGAAGCUGGCCGGUCAGGCCGGCGCCAAGGCUGCCGUGGUCUACAACUUCGAGGACGACGGCGUCUCGGGGACACUGGGCACGCCAUCGCCUGACCACGUAGCCACCUUUGGCAUCUCGGGCAAGGAGGCCGAGCCCAUCCUGCGCGACCUUAAGAAGGGCAAGACUGUGGACGCCAUCGCCUACAUCGACGCCGAGAUCAAGACCAUCUACACCGACAACAUCAUCGCGCAGACCGUCGAGGGCGAUCAGGAGAACUGCGUCAUGCUCGGCGGCCACAGCGACAGCGUCGCCGCGGGCCCGGGCAUCAACGACGACGGCUCCGGCAGCCUGACCGUGCUCGAGGUCGCCAAGCAACUCACGCACUUCCGCGUCAACAACUGCGUGCGCUUCGCCUGGUGGGCAGGCGAAGAGGAGGGCCUGCUGGGGUCCGACUACUACGUCGCGCAGCUGACGCCCGGGGAGAACCGCAAGAUCCGCCUCUUCAUGGACUACGACAUGAUGGGCAGCCCCAACUUUGCCUACCAGAUCUACGACGCCCGCAACGACGUCAACCCCGUCGGCUCGCAGGAGCUCAGGGACCUCUACGUCGACUGGUACAAGGCCCACGGCCUCAACUACACGUUCAUCCCCUUUGACGGCCGCAGCGACUACGACGCCUUCAUCAAGCAUGGUAUCCCUGGCGGCGGCAUCGCGACCGGGGCCGAGGGCAUCAAGACGAAGCAAGAACAGGAGAUGUUUGGGGGCGUAGCGGGCGAGUGGUACGAUAAGAAUUAUCACCAAAUAGGGGAUGAUGUUUCCAAUGUCAAUUUGACUGCUUGGGAAGUCAAUACCAAGCUUGUUGCGCACUCUGUGGCCACCUAUGCCCUGUCUUUCAAAGGGUUCCCUGAAAGGAGAUUUGCUGUGAACAAGGCCUAUACCGCAGGUAUUAAGCAUCAUGGCCAUAAGCUUAUUGUGUAG